GCAAGAGGCCCAGCCAUGUCUCGAUGGUUCACCACGUGCACACUAUUGGUGGUCGGUGGCGGCAUCGGAGGCUUAGUGGGCUACGGAAUGUACGCUUUAGUUGCGUACAGGCAGCAGCAAGAAAGAAAACCGCACAUCAUCUUCAUACUCGCCGACGACCUGGGUUGGGCCGACGUCAGCUUCCACGGGUCUCCCCAGAUCCCGACACCCAAUUUAGACGCACUGGCCUCUGACGGAGUAGUGCUCAACAACUACUACGUGCACCCCACUUGCACGGCGUCACGCGGUGCACUCAUGACUGGUCUCUACUCGACACGAUACGGUCUGCAGCACAUACCGAUUCAGCCGGGCGAACCAUACGGUCUCGACCUCAAGUACACUCUCCUUCCUCAGCAUUUGAAGAGACUCGGCUACGAGACACACCUCAUCGGAAAGUGGCACCUGGGCAGUUACCGCUACGAGUACACGCCUACCCGGAGAGGAUUCGACUCUUUCUACGGAUUUUACUAUGGGCACGAAGACUACUACACCCACAUGCUCCAUCACUCCCAGGGCGGAAAACAAGCCUCGGGUCUCGACCUAUGGGACGGCACCAACCCCGCACGAGACGCCAUGGGCGUGUACGGCACUGAGCUGUUCACCAAGAAAGCAGUGCACCUCAUCGAGAAUUUGGACAAGUCAAAGCCUCAGUUUCUGUAUCUGAGCCACCAGGCGCCCCAUUCUGGAAACUAUGAUGAUCCACUUCAGGCGCAGAAGAAGAACGUGCGCAAGUUUCCUUACAUCGGCGAACAUAACCGGACUGUCUACGCCGGGAUGGUUGACUCGCUGGACGAGGCCGUCGGAAGCGUGGUGCGAGCGCUGGGUGAAGCCGGCAUGCUGCAGGACAGCGUGAUCGUCUUCAGUGCCGACAACGGCGGCGUGCCCUGGGGUUACAUGGCCUCGCGUGGCAUCAACUGGCCGCUACGCGGCGCCAAGUCCUCUCCCUGGGAGGGCGGAUCCAGGGCAGCCGCUUUUGUGUGGUCACCGCUGCUGGACAAACGUCGCCGCGUCUCUGAGCAACUCAUGCACAUCACCGACUGGCUGCCCACAUUCUACGCUCUUGCCGGGGGUUCUACGAGCGACCUGGGACAACUGGACGGCCUGGACAUGUGGGGAGUGCUAUCUCGAGACGAGCCUUCUCAGCGUUCCGACGUCGUCUACAAUAUCGACCCUUUGUGGGACUACGCAGCCAUACGGAGGGACAACUUCAAGAUUGUCGUAGGUUCCCGCGGCGGCGGUAAAUUCGAUCAACGUUUUCCUAUUCCAGGAGGACAGAGGCCAUCGCCUAACCUAGAAGAGCUUAUGGAAAGAAGCCUCGCCGCACAGGCGCUGAGAGCCCUGUACGGCAAGCAGGAUCUGGGUUUUGCUCCAGACUGGAGGGCCAACACCUCACUGAGUUGCCUGGGAGAACAGUGCGGCGACCAGUCAUGUUUCCAGUCAGCUGACAAUGUGUUUCUUUUCGACAUGGACAAGGACCCUUGCGAGUGCAACAACCUGGCCUCCACGCACAAGCAGGUACUCGACUCAAUGAACAAGGUCCUAGAAGAAUACAGAGCGCAGACUGUUCCUCCUAUAAAGCCUGCUGUGGACCCAGCAUCGUUCCCCGAAAACCACGACGGAACAUGGGCUCCUUGGGUUGACUGAAAGAGCUGAUGCGCCUAAACCUUCACGUUGGAUUGCGAUGCUUUCAACGUAUACCACACAUGAUCCGUACUACACGACAAGCGCAGGGGAGAGAAUGGCAGCAAAUUUGUAUCUUUGCUGAACGAUAUGUGUAUGUGUGUCCAGAGAGAAAAGCAAAUGAAAAUGUGGGGGCUGCCCGCACCACCCUGAGGUACGAGCUUAAGCCAAUUGAAAAAUAAAUGAAUAGGGAAAAUUUCCCAAACAGCGUUUAACAAAAAGCCAAUUUUAAAAAAAAAAUAGAUAAUUAGGGGCUAAGAAAGCAGAACACAGUCGAAAGGACGUCAAUGCUAAACGUUAGGCUGAUUAAAUGUUAAACCCUGAGUUAUAAAUAAUUA